ACGAUGUAGUUGUCAGAUUUGCUAAUAAGGGACACUUCGAAAGAGGUGCUUCGCAGGAGCUAAGGCUUGAAGACCGCACAGAGGGAACUGCGGCGUCUCGGCUGACGAGUUGAGUGGGCAGUCAUUUGAGGCCCGAGUGACAAUGAGGGCUUUCAUCACGGCAGUACUGUUGCUGUCCGUGACGGCACUGAUCUACGGUGAAGAAGCAACAUCGCAGUCACCUACGCCGACGGCGGAACCAACCUCCACUAAAACAUUAGCAAAGCUGAAGAAUGAUACAGAAACUAAAAAAACUACUGCAUCCGCUGAGAAAGCCAAAAGUUCUGGUGUGGCUAAAGGCACACAAACUACUGAUGCCAAAUCCAAGGUAAUGCAAACAGACAAAGUCAAGGAGAUCAAGGCAGACAAACCUCAGCCCGCAGCGGCUAAGGCAGUACCCACGAUGAGCGUAAAAAAAGGCAGCAUGCAUAAACAUCGCCCCAUGCAUGAUGAACCAGCCAAAGCAUCAAAUAAGAAAAAACCAGAUCUUUCAAAAACAACAGCAAAGUCCAAAUUGGCGGGAAAAGCAAAUACCAGCGAUUCGACGAAGGGGGUGUCUGCUACAGUUACAGAUCCCCCGGACACCAAAGGAAGCGGGUUGUCUACCAACCUACCAAACUGGAGGCUGGUUACUGUCGUCGUUGCAGUAGUUACUGUCAUUUUGAAUUUGAUAUAAAGGGCUUAAAUAUUUUAUUGCAAUAUAUUUUUUAUCAAAUGAGAAAACCAGUCGGUCGGGAUUGUGGUGCAAUAUACUACUGAUCUUUAGGGUAUCUAUCUACUUAAAUGUCUUCAAGACAGCAGUUUUUGUGGAUGGUUUCAUUUUCCUCGCACUGAUAGAGGCAACGACCACGGUGCCUUAUAUCACAAUCACUAUUUCUAACUGUAUAUAUCCUUGUUGUUAAAAUUCUUAACGUUAAUUAUUUAUUAAUAUGUUAUAUGAUUUACUCGGUUUAUGAAGUUAUUUAUCAGAAAAUUACUCAUGUAUUUUUGUUUUGUUUUAAUUAUAUAUAUAUGAUAAACUAAAUCAUUUAAUUAAGACAUUUCCAUCUUGAUUUCUGUGACUGAUGGCAGCAUAUGAUGUUCCGUGUGACGUCUUAUGGUGUUCAGUAUGACGUCACAGAAAUGGACAUAUCCAUAGUUCCUAAUACCUUUAUAAAUAAAAAACACAAAACUCUUUCAAUAUUCAUGAGAUAUCUCUGCCAAAAGCAGAAUCGAUGGUACAAUGCUGACGAUUCCGAUGUGUUAUGAAUCACUGGCAAAUAGUGAUGCUGGCAGGUGUUCGCGAAAAGGUCAGCGUAUCCUCAAAAGUUUUUGAAAACCAUACUUAUUUUAAUACCUGUGCAAACACAUGCUUUGUGUGGUUAACGUAAGAUAUCUCGUGCAAUCUGUAAAGUAAAUCUGUUUAUUAUUCAUUUACUGAAUAAAGUACGCGACUGGAAUGAAGUCUUGUAAAGAAACAUUGAGGGUUUCGUCACAUCGACAUGAACGUUGUCUUGUAAGUGCGUCAUCAAUGUACAUAAAAUAACAGGUUUUCUAGAAACGUUCAACUCUAUAAUGCAUAAAAAUACCUGCUUAUUCUGCUGUCACUCUACGUUGCUUUUUCUCGGUCUCCGCGAAUAGCAUUAAUGUGAAAUGGCUGUGACAUAGCUGUAACAAUGCUGACGUUACUUGGGUUCACCGAUAUGUCGUUGUCAAGCUCAACUUGGUAGGUAUGCUUUUUCUAAAAUGUUACAUGUUGAUAAUUAAUACCCGGAAUUUUUAAAUGCUUGUACAUAGCAUUGUUGUUAUGAAUAUGCAUAUGUGAUGGACAAUGGAUAAUAAAUAAUAAAGAUUG